CUAAGAUCCAUCGUCCUUCGCUGUAGUCAGCGGUUGGGUGUGGAAGAAGGGACGAAUCUAGUUCACUACUUCGAUGAUGGGCAAAUCAAAGAGAGGCAUUUGGCCUAUUCUCCUUUUCAUGGGAAUGGCGGUGGGUCUGAACGCAGUUUCAGGUCAGACAAAAUACUUUCAGCUAAAGGGAAAGCUUGAGUUGACACCAGGCUCACCUCCUGAGUCUCGCUCCUCCAUCACUUGGAAACUCCAAUCGAAUAAGGUGAUAGAAUAUGAGCCUCUCUUCAGUGAAACUAGUGAUGUCUAUGGACGUUUUAAAAAUAGAGCAACACUGGAUACAGCAACUGGACGGUUGGAAAUUACUGACUUAACCAAAGAAGACAGUGGGGUUUACACUGUGGAAGUCAAAGCCAAAGUGACUGGAACAUACACCGUUGAUGUUAUCCGUUCCAUCAGUGCCAUCCCAAAAAUACCCAACAAUCCAAAGUGCGACAUCCACCCUGUUGAUUGCAUUCUCACCUGUGAGGUACCAGACACCACUGAUGCUGAGCCAGUCACCUAUAGCUGGAAAGAGGGAACAGGACCAUGGCAGCGUUCAAACAAAUACCUGAAAAUCAAUGUGACAGGUGUUGGUAAAAAAUUCUUCUGCAAGAUAGAGAAUCCAAUCAGUGAAAAGGACAGUGUUCCUUAUCCAAUUCCCCAAGACAAUACUCUGACAUGGACAGUUGUUGGCAUAAUAUCCCUUGUGGUCAUCAUUGGUUUCCCCGCUAUUUUAUCUCAAUUUAUACCACGACUUAAGACGGAGAGAGAGAAACUUUUCAAGAAUUGUACAAAAACUGACCCAGAAAAUGCAGCUCCUAGCUCAGAAGACCGCCCUGCCACUGGAGAACCCUUAAUAGACAUUAAAAAAACUGAAGGAGACCCAGCAAAUGCAGUUUCUAGUUCAGUAACCCCAUCUCCCCAUCCCCCUGCCAAUGCAGUACCCCUAGUCACAGCUGAAGAAGGAAUGGAAAGAAAUGGAAACAGCAACUAAUGUAAUAAAAAAUUGAAAACCGGAAGAAUAGAAGCCAUGGGAAGAAUUGGGUUGUGUAAGAAUUGGUUUUGCAUGGACUGAGAGCUUGAGCCUAUUCUUAACAUUGCCAAGAAGAAACUUGAACCACUCUCAUGCUCUCACCUUCAUGCCCAUCGCUCUUAUAGAGGCUUUAAUCUAACUCUAUACUAAUCCUAAUCAAAGUCACAAAAAGGUCAGACAAAAUGUCAAAUUGAAGUUUUUUAAAACAAUGGUUGCCUGUAAUUUGGGUUGCAACUAUAUAUUGCUUUGAUAGUUGGUCUCUAAUACAAGGGUUUAUUCAUUUGAAGCUGAGAUUCAUGCUUAGUGACCGACUCAGCUUCAAGUGUCCUGAGAUGCACUGAAGAAUAAGGAUGAAUGUAGUCAAUCUGCCAUGCAAGGACAGGCCAUUUGCUUGACACUGGUGGUGUCGAGCAAACGGCAAACUAGUUUUUUUCUAUUCAUUUAUACAUGCUUACAGAGGGAACCAACAACCAGCCCUUAUUUUUCCACAAUGUCUUUUUCACUCAAGUUAUAUGUACUUAAAGGAAGUUCAUUUUUGACUUGUUUUGAGAUAGUGCCUUUGGUAAUAUUAAAAAGUAACUAUAUUUCUUUUUUUUGUUUAACCCUUUGUGCAAUACUCAUAAAGUAAACAUAUAAUUCCUGGUCUUGAGUUGAAAUCUUUGCAAAGGUAUGAUAGGUAUUUUGUAAUUUAUUGGUGAAUCAUGACUUCCAGCGUUUGAGGAAGACCCAAAAUACGAAUUUAGUCAUUUAGCAGACGCUCUUAUCCAGAGCAAAUACUCAUACUUAAAAAGAAUGCUUCACCCACAGAACUGUAUAUAUGCUGUAUAUACUGUGCUGUAUGUGUGUGGGUGUACAAGCUUUAAGGAUGAAGAUGAAAUUGGGGUGUACAGUAGUAUGAGUGUUGUGUGAGUAUUUAACACUGGGAAAGAACAGAAAGAGUUUUGGUGUAGUUUCUCUUUAGCAUUGUAGUGGUGUUUAUCAAUAUUUAUAUUGUGUUACAUGAUUUUGGAUAAAUGACAUUAUAGUGAUGAAUAUUAAUGCUAGUACUACUGCAAACAUACAAAACAUUUUCAAUAAAAAGAAUCCUUCAAAGUAUACCAAAAUUGUUAUGUACAUCCACACGUGUUUAAUGUAUGUUUUUAAAUAAAAAUGGUUACAAAU